AUGCGCAGACGUGAGAUUUGGUCAUCGAAGCAUAAGUUCAUGAUUCCUCAUGCUCAACAGCUGAUUGCAAUCUGGGCAUUAUACAUGAUUGUUGAAAUAGCUGGACUCAGCCAACCAAUACCAUCAUGUGGUGUGCCCGGAAAAAAUGUAUGUCGUACAGACGCCUGUAAACAAAGAGCUAAAUUGAUACUGGGCAGUAUGAACGCCACCGAAGAUCCAUGCACUGAUUUCUAUGCCUACGUUUGUGGAAACUGGGAAAACUCCCACCCAAUGCCUGAUGACGAGACACUCCUAGGACAUCAUAGGAUCCUCACUGAUAAAGCCGAGGAGGACAUCAAACCUGUGGAAGAGGAAAAAAAACUUGGGGACCUGCUGCAAUUACUAAAAAAGAAAGGUUUUACCAAGUGGCCAAUACUGGAAGGGGAAGCUACACCUUAUGAAGACUACAAUGAGCUGCUCACUAAAACAGGUUUUUUGCAACUCAUUGGUUUUGAAGUAAAACGGGACGCUAAAAGAGUUGAAGAAUAUGCGAUAUACCUCACCUUAUUAAGCGUAAUCAACAGUAACUUGUCGUCGAUCUACAACGAAGCGAACAUCUCAAUUUUGUCCGAAAGGUCUCCAGAGAUUAAAUGGCUGCAAAUACUCAAUAAUGUGUUUUCAAUCGCCAAUAUAACCCUUGAAAGAAAUGAAACAGUAAUUGUGUUGCAUCAGCAAUAUAUUUAUGGUAUCGGGAAAAUUCUGAAGAACACAAGUUUAUCUACGCUGUAUAAUUACUUAUGCUGGACACAAAUUCGGACAUAUGGGUCUGAGUCGUCCAAGAAGUUUGGUCAGUUAGUAUCUGAGUUUGACAAAAGGUCAUCUGGAGUAGAAACAGUCCUUCCGCGUUGGAAGACGUGCCUCACAGAAAUAUCAGGCGUAUUGAAACAUGCCCUAAUUCGUCUUUAUGUGGACAAAAUGUUUGAGCCUAGCGCUAUACACACUGUGAACCACUUAGUGGAUGUUGUUAACAGUACUUUCAAAGAAAUGCUUGAAAAUAAUACAUGGAUGGAUUGCAAUACUCGUGAGGAGGCAUUAAAAAAGCUUCAAAAAAUGAUUCGUAAAAUCGGUUAUCCUUACUGGAUGCUCAAUGACACGCAUCUUAAUCAACUUUAUGAAUAUGUGCCUAACCUUUCCUUGGACGACUCAUAUCUGAACGUAUUGCACAGUCUGAAGCAAAAUCACUUCAUUAAAUACCUUCAAAAUUUACGUCAACCAUAUAAGAGGGAAGAUCAGUGGCACCCUACUCCGGCAGAAGUGGGCGCGUAUUACAAUGGACUGGAUAACAGUAUCUCUUUCGCUGCUGGAAUACUUCAGCCGCCAUUUCUUCAAGGCGAUAUUCCUUCAUCAAUCAAUAUGGGAGCACUUGGAGCAGAUAUAGGCCAUGAAAUUUCCCAUGCUUUUGAUAACUCUGGAAGCCAAUAUGAUGCUGAUGGAAACCUGAGGAACUGGUGGACACCCACCGCGCAAGAAGCGUUCCUAAACAGAUCUCAUUGCUUUGUACAGAUGUACAACGUAACUGUAAAAGAAGUCAACAUGACUGUAAACGGAUUUCAUACUCUAGGUGAAAAUAUUGCUGACAUCGCUGGCUUAAGAGCAGCCUAUCUGGCAUGGACAAAAUUCAAUGAUACCGAACAACUCCUUCAUGAUCUAGAAAACUUAACGGGAGACCAGCUGUUCUUCGUUUCGUAUGCCCAUGUAAGUUCCAUCCAAAACGUCUUCUUAGAUUUAACAAAUUGCAAAUAUAUGUAA